UAUGGCGCAGCAGCGACUGGGAUAACGAAUAUCAAAAGGGGAUUUAAAUCCGUGGAAGUUUCUGUAAAGGUGUCGGAAUCCUAAAAUGCAUGUGUGAAAUGGUCUCAAUUUUGGAAUCUUGGAAGACGACGGCAUCAUUGAUGAACAUAACGUGGCUGGGAUUAAGGAAUACCUUCCAUUGCAUUCAUAAACAUUUCUUUAGGACUCACAACCCUUGAGUUGUCUGUGAUUCAUAUAAACAGCAACUACUUGAUUUUGUCAAACGCACAACAAUGGCUGGAAAAACAGGGAGAAGUGAUGUGGCUUUAGAUGUAGGAAGGCUUCAAGAAGAGCAUAAAAAGGUGGUGAAAGGCUGUGAGGGCCAGAUUGAACAUUGGCAAAAAAUUGAGAAGGACUAUGACUGUCUUCAAGAGCGUCUCAAAACCCUUCCUGACCAGCUGUCCUAUGACAUUAUGGUACCGUUUGGGCCUCUGGCCUUCAUGCCAGGGAAGCUGGUUCACACCAACGAGGUGACCGUUUUGUUGGGUGACAACUGGUUUGCGAAAUGCUCUGCCAAACAGGCUGAGAAGAUCGUGGAACACAGGAAGACACAUGUGAAAAAGACUCUUGAUGACUUGCACAAAGUGGUAAAGAAUUUUGAAGGCAGAGCCAGCUUUACAGAAGACCUGGACCGGGUUUCAGGGAGUAAAGGGGACUAUGUGGACAUCCGAGAAAAGGUGCUAAAUGAGGAAGCAACGACCAAAGGAAAGCGGCGCAUGGCCCACAAGCCACACUCCAAGCCGAAGAUCGACUUUGCGGUAGACCUCAUCGAGGAGGUAGACAUAGAGGAGGAGGAUCAAGGGGUGAAGGUGAAGGUCACCGAGACGGAAGGCAGCGAUGGCGGUGACCAUGAAGGGGUGCUGACUGAAGAGGACCUCUGGGCUCAACUGGAUGCUCUGGAGGCCCAGGAGGAACAGCUGGACGAGCGCGACCGGAUGUGUGACAGCACAGACACAAACGGGGAGGACACCUCGUCCUCUUCCUCCGAGGAGGAGAAGGAGCGCGAUGGCACAGGCCAGACCAACGGCAACCCUGAGGAAGACCAUGGGACAUCAGACACGCACAACAGGCAGCUCAACGGAGUCCUACAUACACACCCUGAGGAAGAAGAGGACGAGGAGGAGGAUGAUGAUGAAGAAGAGGACCCCAAUGCUCUGCCCACCAUCUACUUCUCUCACACCGUGGAGCCCAAGAAGGUGCGCAUCAACACGGGGAAGAACACUAUGCUGAAGUUUAGUGAGCGCAAGGAGCAAAUGGAGCAGGCCAAGAAGAAGAAGAAGAAGAUCGGCAAAGCCAAUGGCCACUCUCGCCACGACCAACACCACAAGAUCACCUCACCAGCAGACAUCUACAGAUUGUUUGUCGACAAGGUGAACGGCGAGCUGAUCCCGCGCAAGUCCAUCCUGAAGUCUCGUAGCCGCGAGAACAGUGUGUGCAGCGACACGAGCGAGAGCAGCGCGGCGGACUUCGAGGAGCGGCGCUCCAUGCUGUCCCGCGCCUUCAGCCACGACGACAACACGCACAGCGACACCAGCGACUACGUCACUGAGGAGGACAGCCCGCCCGGCGUCCCCACGCACACGGGCAGCCGCUUUGAGGCGUUUUCUGGCACAGUGGUUGAGAAGGAUCCCCUGCCCUCCUCCAUCCCCCAUCUGACCAUCGCCCCGCCCGCCUUACCCACAAUCCUCGAGCGCAAGUCGGAGGAGCUGUGCACAGAGACGCCUCAGGAGCCACCUAAGAGGGUGUCCAAGUUCAAAGCUGCCCGAUUACAGCAGAAAUGAGAAGUUACCACACACAUUCACAUGAUGCACACAGCCAGUAAAAGAAACAGAAACGCCUGCACACUAAUCCAUACCUACAUAACCGAAUCUCUUUUGUAUAGAACUUAGAGCUCUGCCUAAAGGUGAUGAUUCACAAGGAAAUUUUUUGAGCAAUGUUUCUUUGGAAUGAUACGAUAAGAUUUUGUUUGGUACGUUUCUCACUAUAACUGUUGAUGAGCCAUGUUGUCUUGAUAAAACUAACAGCUUUUUUUAAUGUUUCCAUCAAAAACACUGGCCAAUCAUGAUGUUGCCCAGCAACGUUGCACCAAAAAGUUGCCUCAUUAACUGUAUCACCACCUGUUGGCUAUGUUCAGCACCUGUGAUCCCCCCCGCCAUGCCCAUCCUUCCAGGGUGCUGGCUCAUGAUGAUUCCCCACUGCCUCAGCCUAGCAGUUCAGUUAGCUGGUGGUGACGGAGCAGUGAAGAGGGUUAGCAAGGCCGGGACACUACUCCCCACUCUCCCUCUCUGCCUCCUAGUGUCAUCUUUCACAAGUUUCUUUAACGAAUGGCUAUUCCAUCCUUUUCCACCAGCUAUCCAUGUUCUGACCUGACGCAUGCUUCUGGCAUUAUCCACAUGAGAUUACAAGUAUGUCAUCUUGCAUAUUUUGCAUUUUAUCGUCUUAUGUUAAGAGAACCAAAUGAGUUGCUGGUGAACUGCAUUGUGUGGGCCUCACAAUUUGGGACUGGCUGUAGUUGCAGUCUUGGAUUAGAAAAUGAUACACACAUGUGUAUCAAAAACCUCACACACCCUACCCAACCCCAUGCUUACAGCUUUUGUAGAUUUCAAACCCUGUUUUGUAGAAGACUGCGGUUUUGUACACACGCAAUAAAAAUAAGUUUUGUAUGAAUUUGUGAUUUGUAUGGCGCCAGAUAUCAGACGGAUCAUGCUCUUCAUGCAGCUUUUUGUGUACUUAUUCGACGACUUUUGUGCUCUUUACAGCAUGCUGCUUUCCCCUCGCUGCUAUUCCCUGCCUUCCCAGCCACUUGUAGACCCUACUGUCUUGCACAGCUAAACAAGAAGCUGAUUUUUUUAGUGCAAAUACCCCUUUUAUGUUGCCCUCACAUUAAUAUAAGUAGACUGACAAUUAUAACCCCGAAGCCAGUAGUUGUGUGUUGGUGAAGCCACAAUAAUACUGUUUGCCAUUGCUAAUAUCCACAAGGUUUUUUGUUUGUUUGUUUGGUUUUAUACACUACCUUUCUGCUCUGGGGAUGGGUAAAGGCUUGAGAACAAAAUAGUCUUUUCCAACCUUUUGCUUUAUUUUGUCUUUUUGUUACUUUGAAUGUACUGUACAUCAACUUCCUGUUAUGACUGAAAACAGAACAAAAAAUGUCGCUGUGAACUUGAAAAAUAUAAAUAAAUGUUUUGUUUUUCUCUGAAAA